AUGCUCGCGCCUGGGUGGCUGCUGCGGCUGCUGCUGCUGCUGUCCAACGGGGGAGCCCUGCUCAGCACUGGUCUGGACAACACUUUCUUUGCCAGGCCAGGCCUCUGGAAGUCAGAGGACUCUCCACAGAUAGACCCGGAUAAGGGCUGGUGCUCCACAUGGGGUACUGGCCACUUUUCCACUUUCGACCACCAUGUAUAUGACUUCUUGGGAACAUGCAACUAUGUCUUCACGGCCACCUGCAAGGACGCCUCCCCCACCUUCAGUGUCCAGCUACGGCGAGGGCUGGAUGGGAACAUUUCCCGGAUCAUCAUGGAGCUGGGGGCCUCUGUCAUUACUGUGAGCAAGGCGACCAUCUCAGUCAAGGACAUCGGGGUCAUCAGCCUUCCCCACACCAGCAAUGGGCUCCAGAUCACGCCCUUCGGCCAGAGUGUGCGACUGGUGGCCAAGCAGCUGGAGCUGGAGCUGGAAGUUCUGUGGAGCCCAGAUGCCCACCUCACGGUCCUAGUGGAGAGGAAGUACAUGGGCCGCAUGUGUGGGCUGUGCGGGAACUUUGAUGGGAAGACAGCCAACGAGUUUCUGAGUGAGGAAGGCAAACUCCUGGAACCCCAUAAGUAUGCUGCCCUGCAGAAGCUGGAUGACCCCAAUGAGAUCUGUGCUUAUGAGGCCGUCCCCAGGCCCCCUGUCUGGCAGACUAAGCAUGCCCAGAUCUGCACCCAACUGCUGGCCCUGGUGUCCCCUGAGUGCAACGUGCCCAAGAGCCCAUUUGUGCUGAGCUGCCAGGCUGAUAUGGCCACAGCCACCCAGCCAGGACAGCAGGACAGCAAAUGUGCCACGCUGUCAGAGUACUCCCGCCAGUGCAGCAUGGCUGGUCAGCCUGUCCGCAGUUGGCGGCGCCCUGGACUCUGCGCCGUGGGCCCAUGCCCAGCCGGCCAGGUGUACCAGGAGUGUGGCUCGGCCUGCGUCCGGACCUGCUCCAACCCUCAGCACCACUGCUCCAGCUUCUGCACCUUUGGCUGCUUCUGCCCAGAAGGUACGGUCCUCAACGACCUGUCCACAAACCAUACCUGCGUGCCAGUCACCCAGUGCCCCUGCGUGCUCAAUGGAGCCAUCUAUGCCCCUGGGGACAUCACCACCACUGCCUGCCGCACCUGCCAGUGCACCUCAGCCCGCUGGACAUGCACAGAGCACCCGUGCCCUGGUCAUUGCUCCUUGGAAGGUGGCUCCUUUGUCACGACCUUUGACGCCAGACCCUACCGCUUCCACGGCAGCUGCACCUACAUCCUUCUCCAGAGUCCCCAGCUCCCCGAUGAGGGCACCCUCAUGGCUGUAUAUGACAAGUCCGGGUACUCACAUUCAGAGACCUCCCUGGCCGCAGUCAUCUACCUGUCCAAGCAGGUCAAAAUCGUGAUCUCCCAGGAUGGGGUGAUCACCAACAAUGAAGAUCCCAAGUGGCUGCCAUACCAGAUUCGCAACAUCACAGUCUUCAGGCAGACGUCCACCCACCUCCAGAUGGCCACUACCUUUGGGCUAGAGCUUGUGAUCCAACUACAGCCCAUCUUCCAGGUGUAUGUCACCGUUGGGUCCAAAUUCAGAGGCCACACCAGAGGGCUAUGCGGCAACUUCAACGGGGACACAACUGAUGACUUCAUGACCAGUGUGGGCAUCGCUGAGGGCACUGCCUCACUCUUUGUGGAUUCCUGGAGGGCAGGGAACUGCCCAGCUGCACUGGAGCGAGAGACUGACCCCUGCUCUAUGAGCCAGCUCAACAAGGUGUGCGCAGAGACCCACUGCUCGGUGCUGCUGAGGAAGGGUACAGUAUUUGAGAGGUGUCAUGCCACAGUGAACCCCGCACCAUUCUACAAGAGAUGCGUGUAUGAAGCCUGCAACUAUGAGGAGACCUUCCCCCACAUCUGCGCCACACUGGGCAGCUACGCACAUGCAUGCUCCUCGCAGGGCAUCCUGCUCUGGGGCUGGAGGAGCAGUGUGGACAACUGCACCAUCCCUUGCUCUGGCAACCGCACAUUCAGCUACGACAGCCGGGCUUGCGGCCGUACCUGCCUAUCGCUGUCGGACCGUGCUGUGGAAUGCCAGCCCAGUGCUGUGCCUGUGGACGGCUGCAACUGCCCCGAGGGCACCUACCUGAACCACAGGGGCGAGUGCGUGCGCAGGGCCCAGUGCCCCUGUGUGCUGGAGGGUGGCAGGCUCAUCCCAGCCGGGCAGUCUACGGUCAUCGACAGCGUGGCCUGCCAUUGCACAGGUGGGCGGCUGAGCUGCCCUGGGCGGCCACAAAUGUUCUUCGCUUCCUGCUCAGCUCUCAAGACAUUUCAGUCCUGCAGCCAGUCCUCGGAAAACAAAUUUGGAGCUGCAUGCGCCCCCACAUGCCAGCUGCUGGCCACAGGCACACCCUGUGUGCCCACCAAGUGUGAGCCUGGCUGCGUCUGUGCAGAGGGGCUCUAUGAGAAUGCCAGUGGGCAGUGUGUGCCCCCCGAGGAGUGCCCAUGUGAGUUUGCAGGCACCUCCUACCCAGGAGGGGCCAAGCUCCACACUGACUGCAGGACCUGUACCUGCUCAAGGGGAAAGUGGACAUGCCAGCAGAGCCUCCACUGCCCAUCCACCUGUGCCCUCUACGGGGAGGGCCACGUGGUCACUUUUGAUGGCCAGCGCUUUGUGUUUGACGGCAACUGCGAGUACAUCCUGGCCACGGACGGCUGUGGCACCAACGACUCUCAGCCCACCUUCAAAAUCCUGACAGAGAAUGUCAUCUGUGGGAGGUCGGGGGUCACAUGCUCCCGGGCUAUCAAGAUCUUUUCAGGGGGCCUGUCCAUUGUGUUGGCGGACAGCAACUACACAGUCACGGGGGAAGACCCCCGUGUGCAUCUGCGUGUGAAGCCCAGCUCCCUGAACCUCAUUCUGGACAUCAGCAUCCCAGGAAGGUACAGCCUGACUCUCAUCUGGAACAAGCACAUGACCAUCUUCAUCAAGAUUGACCGUGCCUCCCAGGACCCCCUCUGUGGCUUGUGUGGCAACUACAAUGGGAACAUGAAGGAUGACUUUGAGACGCGCAGCAAAUACGUGGCCGCCAACGAGCUGGAGUUUGUGAACUCAUGGAAGGAGAGCCCCCUGUGUGGGGAUGUGAGCUUCCUGGCAGAGCCCUGCAGCCUCAACGCCUUUCGCCGUUCCUGGGCGGAGCGCAAGUGCAGCAUCAUCAACAGUCAGACCUUUGCCGCCUGCCACAGCAAGGUGUACCACUUGCCCUACUAUGAGGCUUGUGUGCGUGAUGCAUGUGGGUGCGACACGGGCGGGGACUGUGAGUGUCUAUGCGACACCGUGGCUGCCUAUGCAAAAGCCUGCUUGGAUAAGGGCGUGUGCGUGGAUUGGAGGACUCCCGCUUUCUGUCCCAUCUACUGUGACUUCUACAACACCCACACGCAAGUAGGCGGCAGCGGGGAGCUCCAGCACACACAGGAGGCCAACUGCACGUGGCACUACCAGCCCUGCCUAUGCCCCGGCCAGCCAGAGAGCCUCCUGGACACCAACAUCGAAGGCUGCUACAAUUGCUCCCAAGACGAGUACUUCGACCACAAGCGUGGAUCAUGUGUGCCCUGCGUGCCGCCCACCACACCGUGGCCACCCACCACAGGUGACUGCACACGCUCUAGGCCGCCCACUGGAACAUCAUUCAAGACCACCAGCACCGCUACAACAUCACCGCACCCCCACACCACACACACCCCAUCCACGGGCUCUCUCCCCUCCACGACACACACCAGGGGGCCACCCACUGAGAUGUCAUUCAAGACCACCAGCAUCACCCCAUCAGCACCAAACCAUCACACCACACUUCCCGCUCACGUUCCAUCAAGCUCUACUUCCUUGGUCACUCAAACAGCUCACCAAGGCAGCACCACAACACACUCAGAGAUUCCCACCACCUCGAUGCCAAAGUCUACGCCCACCAGGCGCCCAACUACAACAGUGAAGGAAACAGGCUCAACCUCACCGUUCACUGUGACCAACCAACCCAUGAGUCCCUUCACCACAGCCAAAACCUCUUCCUCCCAGCACUCACAAACUGCCUCCACAUCCCACCACCAGCCCACUGCUUCCAAUGCUACCACCAUCACCCCCAGGCUGACCACUUCAGACACUGGGCCUACCAUGGUCAAGAGCACCACUUCCGCCAAUAACCGUCCACACACACCUCUCAUGACAAACUCUCCAUCCACGGGCUCUCUCCCCCACACUCCACACACUACAAGGCCCCCCUCAGGAACAUCCUUCAAGACCUCCAGUACCGCUCCAACACCAACACGCCCCCACACCAUACUUUCCACUUACAUUCCAUCAAGCUCUACUUCCUUGGUCACUCAAACAGCUCACCAAGGCAGCACCCCAACACACUCAGAGAUUCCCACUUCCAACUCCACACUAACAUCUACGUCCACCAGGCUCCCAAUUACAACACUGAAGGCCACAGGCUCCACCUCACCGUUCACCACGACCAGCCUAUCCUCGAGCCCCUUCAGCACAGCCAAAACCUCCUCCCAGCACUCACAAACUGCCUCCACAUCACACCACCAGCCCACCACUUCCACUGCCACCACCAUCACCCCAAAUUUUACCACCUCUGCCACUGGACCUACCAUGCUCCAAAGCACCACCGCAAACAGCCAUCCACACACGCGCCACACCACACAUGCUCCCACCACCAACUCACUCCCCUCCACUCCAUACACUACAGGGCCACCCUUUGGAACAUCCUUCAAGACCACUAGCACUGCUCCAAAACCAUCACACCCCCACACCACACUUCCCACUCACAUUCCAUCAAGCUUUACUUCCUUGGUCACUCAAACAGCUCACCAAGCCAGCACCCAAACACACUCAGAGAUUCCCACUUCCAACUCCACACUAACAUCUACACCCACCAGGCUCCCAGCUACAACACUUAAGGCCACAGGCUCAACCUCACCAUUCACUGGGACCAGCCAACCCCAGAGCCCGUUCACCACAGCCAAAACCUCUUCCUCCCAGCACUCACAAACUGCCUCCACAUCCCAUCACCAAUCCACAGCUACCUACGCCACCACCAUUACCGCCGAACUCACCACCAUAACCCCUAAGCUAACCACUUCUGACAAUGGACCUACCAUGCUCCAGAGCACCACUCCCACCAAUAGCCUUCCACAUACUCCUCACACCACACACUCACCAUCCACAGGCUCUCUCCCCUCCAUACCACACACAACGGGGCCACCCUUUGGAACAUCCUUUAAGACAACCAGCAGCACUGUUCUAACACCACCACAUCCCCACACCACACUUUCCACUCACGUUCCAUCAAGCUCUACUUCCUUGGUCACUCAAACAGCUCACCUAGGCAGCACCACAACACACUCAGAGAUUCCCACUUCCAACUCCACACUAACAUCUAUACCAACGAGGCUCCCAAUUACAACACUGAAGGCCACAGGCUCUACCGCACCAUUGACUGGGACCAGCCAACCCCAGAGCCCGUUUACCACAGCCAAAAUCUCUUCCUCCCAGCACUCACAAACUGCCUCCACAUCCCACCACCAAACCACAGCUACCCAUGCCACCACCAUCACCCCCAAACUCACCACCAUCACCCCUAAGCUAACCACUUCUGACAAUGGACCUACCAUGUUCCAGAGCACGACCCUGACCAAUAGCCUUCCACACACUCCCCACACCACACACUCACCAUCCACAGGCGCUCUCCCCUCCACACCACACACUACGGGGCCACCCUCUGGAACGUCCUUCAAGACCACCAGCACCGCUCCAACACCACCACAUCCCCACACCACACUUCCCACUCACGUUCCAUCAAGCUCUACUUCCUUGGUCACUCAAACAGCUCACCAAGCCAGCACCCAAGCUUCCACCUGGACGUCGUCCAUUCAUUCUUUCACCUCCCUCACUGCCUCAUCUACUCCCGUGCAUUCCUUCACUCUGAGUUCAGGCUCACCCACCCCCUUUUCUACUCUACCUCUGACUACAGUUAUGUCUACGUCUGCUUUCCCUUCUUUCACUCUGCCCCAUAGCACCCUUUCUUUCACCCCCUCUGCUCAAUCCUCCACACCCCCUCUCCCUCUGUUUCCCACUGAGUCCCACCUUCCAGCCCAUAGCACCUCAGUGUCUUCCUCCACACUCAGGACCACUGCCCAUACCCCUACUCCUGCAAUCUCUUCUCAAGCCACCACCCGGCAUUUUACUGCUUUUACCACCCAAGUCCCCCACCCAAGCUCCCUGUCUUCCACCUCAGGGUUGACGGCAACCCCAAGUUCUCCAGCCACAUCCUUUACAACUAGGCACCCUGAUAACACCCUGCUACCUACCUCCAUCUUCCCAAGCAGCUCCUUCAGUCCACAUGGAAGCACAGCUGCCUCUGCUGCCUCCUCGUCUUCUCUGGUCACCACUCCUCCAUACAGCACACCUGGAGCCUGCAGUGUACGGGAAUGGCAGGAGGAGAUCACAUUCAAGGGAUGCACAGCCAACGUGACCAUGACCCGCUGUGAGGGUGCCUGUGCUUCCUCCACCAGCUUCAACAUUGACACCCAGCAAGUGGACACCCAUUGCGGCUGCUGCCAUCCCCUCAGCUUCUACGAGCAGCAGCUGGAGCUACCCUGCUCAGACUCCAGUGUGCCUGGUCAGCGGCUCAUGCUUACCCUCCAGGUGUUCAACAGCUGUGCAUGCAGCCCCCGGGGCUGCAGGGCCUAGAUGUGAUGCUGCCUGCUCUCUUGGGCUGCAGA